AUGUUCUCUCAGAUGAUUUACUUGGACUGUGUUCUGCACCAUCAUGAUCUGAUCUUCUUCUGUUCUCCAGGUUUGGGCGAAGCUUCUGAAUUGGCCUUCAUCACAGAACCUAGUGAUGUCAUCGCUGUGAGGGACCGCCCCCUCAUGCUGGAUUGUAAAGUAGAAGGGGAGGGGCCUAUCACGAUCACCUGGCGACGGAACGGUGUACCUGUAACUCUGGGUGUGCGAGCGGCCGUGCUGGAGAACGGGACUCUAUUGAUCCAGAACUUCCAGAAGCGGCGUGGCGGCGACGAGAGUGAUGCGGGCGAGUACGACUGUGCGGCACAGAACCGAUACGGUCUGCUCAUCAGCCGCAAGGCACACGUCCAGCUCGCGUCACUUCCCAAGUUUCACACACACCCGGAGUCAGUGAGUGUGGAUGAAGGAGGCGUCGCACGAUUUCACUGCGCUGUGAGCGGCGUUCCUGAAGCCAACAUCACCUGGGAAAGAAACGGAACAACAAUUGACAACAAUGAUGACAGGUAUACACUUCUGCCCAAUGGUAUUCUUCACAUCACAGGAGUGCGUCAGUCUGACAGCGGCUUCUAUCGCUGCAACGCUAAAAACAUAGCAAACACACGCUACAGUCAUGAUGCCCAGCUGUCAGUCAAAGUGGCAGGUAAUCGUCUGUAUAAGGAUCCAGUUAUUCUCUCUGGACCAAAGAAUCUGACUCUGAAUGUUCAUCAGACGGCCAUACUGGAGUGUAUUGCCACUGGUAACCCACGGCCCAUUGUGUCCUGGAGCAGACAGGACGGGCGCUCUAUAGGUGUGGAAGGCAUUGAAGUGUUGGGCACAGGAAACCUGAUCAUCUCAGAUGUGUCACUGCAACAUUCUGGUGUCUAUGUUUGUUCUGCAAACCGACCCGGAACCAGAAUGAGAAGAACCGCAGUGGGAAGACUGGUGGUGCAAGCUCCUCCAGAGUUCCUGCAGUGGCCGCAGUCGAUAUCAAAGGCCGUAGGCAGCAGUGCGGUGUUCACGUGUCAGGCGCAGGGCGUUCCUGAGCCCCAUCUCAUCUGGCUGAAGAACGGCAAGAUCCUCACACCUGGAGAUAACGUCAAACUCACCAACAACAACAGCACGCUGGCGGUGACGCGGAUCACAGCGCAGGAUGAAGCCAUUUAUCAGUGUAUAGCAGAAAACAGUGCAGGAACAAACCAGGCCAGCGCUCGACUCGCCGUCACUCCGUCCAUUAAUCUACCAGAAGCUCCGCAGGAUCUCACAGCCACACCGCUCUCAACCACCUCGCUGUUGAUCCGCUGGAAUCGACCCGAACCUCACGUCAGCAACGGGAUCAUCGGAUACGUGCUGCAUAUCCGCAGACUCGGAGAUCCUGACAGCCGUGAGCUUCAGGAGGCCGUAACCCAAGAGACGUUUCAGCACGAGUUUAAUAAUCUUGAACCCGCCACCACUUUCUCCAUCUAUGUGAAGGCGUAUUCACCGCUGGGCGCCAGUCAACAGUCUCGCACCAUCAUCACUACAACACUGGGAGGAGUUCCCAGUAUGCCCAGUUUCUUCACAAAGGUUCUGAACAGUACGGCCAUGCAGGUCUUCUGGGAUCUGCCGAGUAAAGCCGGUCGAGUGGAGGGAUAUAAACUCUCUUAUCGCAUCUUACCACAACAAGAGUUUGGACCUGAAGAGCGGUUCCCCAGUCACAUAAACACACACACCAUCUCUAAUCUGGAAGCUGCAGCUGUGUAUGAAAUUCAGCUCAUAGCGUUUAAUGGAAACGGUGACAGCAUCAGCAACAAACGUCUCGUCUCAUUGGCUGAGACUGAAAAGAGCGGGAAAGAUACAGCAGGUCAGAGUUUGUGUAACUGUCGGCAGGACGCUGACGGGUCUGUCAGUGGUAUUGUGGUCGGGAUUCACAUCGGUGUGGCCUGUAUUAUAUUCUGUGCUCUCUUUCUCAUGUUCGGAUAUCGUCACAGUUUCUUCUGUCAGAAAGGUUCUCAGGGAACCUGGAGUCUCUCAGUAGGACAAAGUGUUUCACACAGAGACUCAACGGUUAAAGAGACCACAGUCUGUACUACUGACGCUAUUGAACUAAUGCCACAGGGUGUGUCAGCAGAGCAUCAGGCGGGUGAGACUCAGUGUCGUGUUGAGAUUGAACCUCAUUGUUCAGUGGUCAGCAGCACAGGUGUGAGCACAGGUACAGGGUGAAGAGACCUCAACCCAAACCCCUCUCCAGUCACAAACACACACUCAUCUAUUAAACACAGCAAAGAUUUAAAUGAUGAAUCUGAGAGAGUUUAUUAAUAUCUCAGCUUGAUGAUGCAUUCAAUGAGUGUGUGUUUGUGAUUGGACGUCUGUAAUUCAGCACAUGUGUGCAGCUACAGACCCCGCCCCCUUUCCUUAAACUCCUCCUCUUCACCAAAACUCUCAACAUCCAAAGACUCUGGACUGAGCCGCCCGUGCUGCUGCUGAAGCCUCUACCUCAACCCAACACACGGCCAGGGAUCUUCUGAUCUGAUGUCAGCGGCCGGAUGAGACUGAACGUUCAGGUUCAGAUGAUUCCUGCUGUCGCCUCCUCUGGUGACUGAAAUGUGUUUUCCUCCUCUGGUGCUCUGUGAAAAGAGAGACGUCCAAAGAACUUGUGCUUCUCUUUUCUUUCAAACACACACUGCUGUUUUCUUUCAUGUAAGCUGAUCAUUUACCAAAGUGAAACACUCGCCGAAUAGAUGACACCUCUUUAUUAUAAUAACCUCACAGAUUCUAAUAUAGAAAUGAAAACUAAUAAGUAUGGGGAUAUAUUUUCAUAUUGUAAAAGCAGAAGAGAUGAACUGCUUCUUUAUUAAUGUUGCCGAAGCUGAAAUUGCCAAAUAGCGGUUAGUGCUCGUGUUUAUAAGACCAAAUACCUCGAAUGUGUUCAAUGACACCAGUUUCUCAUGACACACACCAACAAACAUGAUGCCCGUGCGUGCGUGUGUGUGUGUGUGUGUGUGUGUGUGUGUGUGUGUGUGUGUGUGUAUUUUAUGGUUGAACGCACACAUACAUAAGAUUGACUUUUUACUGUUUGAAUUCUUACCAAAAUCCUGUUCUUGCAUUCACAUAGAUGAGUUUAUAUGACUGCGUUCACACACUGAAGAGUGCCGACCGUAUUCUGGUGCCGUGUGAACCCAGCCAUUUAAACUCUUCUAGGACUCUGAUUCUUGUUGAACAAAGAAACAAAACAACAAGAUUAGAAAAUGAGGCCAAACUUUUAGACAAAAACGUGAAUAAAACGUCUGUUCUCUUGCAGAACUUUUCUUUCAUUAAUAUUCCCACUGAUGAAAAAUUGUUUUUCUCUUACAUUUGGGAAGUUUUGCCAAAACAAAUUUAUAUAAUGUUAUUCUUAUUGUCCAAUUUGUAUUGUUUUAUUCCUUUAAUUUUAUAUUCUCACUUUUUCUGUAGAAUAAAAAUAUUAGAAAUUUGAGAGUUUUAAAGCAGACAGAAUGUUGGUGCAUGUUUUCCAUUGUGACGUUUCAGUGUUAUUUACCACGAGUAACUUAAACCUCAGCAUUACAACAUUAAAAUACCUGGAUGCUUGUUGUAAAUAUGGCUGAUCUGAUCUCAGUUUGCUGCUUUAAAGGAAAACAUCACAGUUUUUCAAUAUUUUAUGAUGUUCUUCCCUCAACUAAGACGAAUGAAUACAUAGCUAUCUUUUUAAAUGCGUGCACUUUAUCUUUGUACAGCGUGUUGUGAAUGUGUUAGCAUUUAGCCUAGCCCCAUUCAUUCCUUAGGAUCCAA